ACGUGAGGUGCUCUUCCUCCCUCCUGGGUCUCGCCCCCGGUCGCCCCUCCCACUGCAAUGCGCCCCCACCGGCUGUGCCCCGCCCUGGGCCCGCGGCCUGAGUCGGCCCUGGACCGCCCAUUGGCGAGCGCCGAGCACGCGGGGCGGUGGUUCUGAGUCCCGCGCGGGCGGGGCACACUGCUUGCUGAGCGCCAGGCUCAGCGCUGUCCCCGGACUUCUCGCCAUGGCCGACGACGUUUCCUCCGACCGCAAGGGUUCCUUUCGAAAGUUCCUGGAGCACCUCUCUGGGGCCGGCAAAGCCAUCGGCGUGCUGACCAGCGGCGGGGAUGCCCAAGGUAUGAAUGCUGCUGUCCGCGCUGUCGUGCGCAUGGGCAUCUACGUGGGGGCCAAGGUGUACUUCAUCUACGAGGGCUACCAGGGCAUGGUGGACGGCGGCAAUAACAUCGUCGAAGCCAACUGGGAAAGCGUCUCGAACAUUCUGCAAGUGGGAGGGACCAUCAUCGGCAGUGCUCGUUGCAAAGCCUUCCGCUCUCGUGAAGGCCGCUUGAAAGCCGCUCAGAACUUGGUUCAGCUUGGCAUCACCAACCUGUGUGUGAUCGGCGGAGAUGGAAGCCUCACUGGGGCCAACAUCUUCAGAAAGGAAUGGAACGGGCUGCUGGAAGAGCUGGCCCGCAAUGGCGAGAUCGACAAGGAGGCGGUGGAGAAGUACUCGCACCUCAAUGUCGUCGGCAUGGUGGGCUCCAUUGACAAUGACUUCUGUGGCACAGACAUGACUAUCGGCACGGACUCAGCCCUACACAGGAUCAUCGAGGUCAUCGAUGCCAUCAUGACAACUGCCCAGAGCCACCAGAGGACCUUUGUUCUCGAGGUUAUGGGGAGACACUGCGGGUAUCUCGCCCUGGUGAGUGCCUUGGCCUGUGGGGCAGACUGGGUGUUCCUCCCGGAGUCUCCACCGGAGGAAGGAUGGCAGGAAAACAUGUGUGUCAAGCUGUCAGAGAACCGUGCCCGGAAAAAAAGACUGAACAUCAUCAUUGUGGCUGAAGGAGCAAUCGACACCCAAAAUAGACCUAUUACAUCUGAGCAAAUCAAGGAGCUCGUGGUCACGCAGCUGGGGUAUGACACACGGGUGACCAUCCUUGGACAUGUGCAGAGGGGUGGGACCCCAUCAGCCUUCGACAGGAUUUUGGCCAGUCGCAUGGGGGUGGAGGCCGUCGUCGCCCUUCUCCAGGCCACCCCAGAGACCCCGGCCUGUGUUGUAUCACUAAAUGGGAACCAAGCCGUGCGCCUGCCCCUGGUGGAGUGUGUGCAAAUGACCCAGGAUGUGCAGAAAGCCAUGGAUGAGAGGAGGUUUAAGGAGGCCGUGCGACUCCGUGGAAGGAGCUUUGAGGGCAACCUGAACACCUAUAAGCGCCUCGCCAUCAAGCUGCCAGAUGAUCAGAUCCCAAAGAGCAACUGCAACGUGGGCAUCAUCAAUGUGGGCGCGCCAGCCGCCGGGAUGAAUGCAGCUGUGCGCUCAGCUGUGCGGGUGGGCAUCGCAGACGGACACAAGAUGUUCGCCAUCUACGACGGCUUCGAGGGCUUUGCCAAGGGCCAGAUAAAACAAAUCAGCUGGGCCGAUGUUGGAGGUUGGACCGGCCAAGGAGGCUCCAUUCUUGGGACAAAACGCACGCUGCCAGGGAAGUACCUGCAGGAAAUCGCUGCACAGAUGCGAGCCCACAGCCUCAACGCGCUGCUCAUCAUCGGCGGGUUUGAGGCCUACCUGGGGCUGCUGGAACUCUCCAAGGCCCGGGAGAAGCAAGAGGAGUUGUGUGUCCCCAUGGUUAUGGUUCCUGCCACGGUGUCCAACAACGUGCCAGGGUCCGAUUUCAGCAUUGGCGCCGAUACUGCUCUGAACACUAUCACUGACGCUUCUGAGGGCUCGUUCAUAUUCGCUGAGGCACGCAACACCUACCAGGAGUUUUGUGUCCCCAUUUGCAUCCUGCCUGCCACCAUUAGCAACAACAUCCCAGGCACGGAGCUGAGCAUGGGCUCAGUCACUGUCCUGAGCAUGACUGUGGAGACAUGCGACCGCAUCAAGCAGUCAGCCAGUGGGACCAAGCGCCGUGUGUUCAUCAUCGAGACCAUGGGGGGCUAUUGUGGCUACCUGGCCAACAUGGGGGGGCUUGCCGCUGGAGCUGAUGCUGCCUACAUCUUUGAAGAGCCCUUUGACAUCAGAGACCUGCAGGCCAACGUGGAGCACCUGACAGAAAAGAUGAAGACCACCAUCCAGAGGGGGCUUGUGCUCAGGAAUGAGAGCUGCAACGAGAACUACACCACUGACUUCAUCUACCAGCUCUACUCAGAGGAGGGCCGAGGGGUGUUCGACUGCCGGAAGAAUGUGCUGGGCCACAUGCAACAGGGUGGGGCGCCUUCUCCGUUUGAUAGAAACUUUGGAACCAAAAUAUCUGCCAAAGCCAUGGAGUGGAUCAGCAAGAAGCUGAAGCAAUCUCAGGGGAAAGGAAAAAGGUUUAUGACUGAUGAUUCCAUUUGUGUGCUGGGAAUAAGCAAAAGAAACAUUCUUUUCCAACCUGUGGCAGAGCUGAUGAAGCAGACAGACUUCGAGCACAGAAUUCCCAAAGAGCAGUGGUGGCUGAAGCUGCGGCCCCUCAUGAAGAUCCUGGCCAAGUACAAGGCCAGCUACGAGGUCUCCGACUCGAGCCAGCUGGAGCACGUGCACCUCCAGGGCCAAGAAGAGCCUGCUGCCAUCUAGACCUUGGCCCGCACUGCCAGCCAGUGAUGCCCCGCCUUCCUGUUUACUGCUGUUUUGUCACAUUUAAGUUAUUCAUGAGCACUUUAUGAGAGUUUUGUUGCCCUUAAUACCUAGUCCCAGGGCAUCGACCUGUGUCCUCACCCCACUGGAUCCCAAGACUCCAGCAAGAGUCUGCUGUCUCCCUCUUUAAAAUGUGUGCAUCCAGUGGAUUAAACAUUUAGCUAAAACUCCAA